GAUUCAUAGUCAAACAAUUAACUAAGUGAAGCAAAGAUGCAGCUCGUCAUUGGAUUACCUUUCCUACUGUUGCUGCUGCUUGGCGUCGAGGGCAAACCCACAUUCGACAGGAUAGCAGAGGUGCUGCUGGAUGAACUCACUGAUGGACCACACUACGAUCAGUCUUACAGACAACCGGUGCAUCAUCAUCCGCAUUCGUAUCCAGUGCAUCCACCACAUCCAGGCGGACCUCUAAUACAGGAAGGUUACGAUCAUGGCUACGAUUAUUACUAUGGUGGCGGAAGUUCGCAUGGCUAUGGCGGCGGCAUCGUUGCCCAACCAGGGCCCUAUGUGCAACCAGCGCCUUAUGUUCAGCCACCUCCGUAUGCUCAGCCGCCGCCUCAUGGCUACUAUCAGUCACCAACCAAGGGCUACUAUGCCCAGCCACAAUCGAGCUACAAUCGUCCUCCUCCGUCGACAAAUGGCUACUCACAGGGUUAUGCAGGUCAUGCCGCAGUGGGAGGCUACAAGCAACAUGGCUACUAAUCUCGGUCAGGCAUCGCCGUGAUCAUGACACGUUAUAUUAUUCUUAAGCUAUAUAGUAUGUGAAUGUACAUAAUUUAUUAAACAAAUGCCCUUCUCUCUUGUA